AUGGACCCUGCCAAGAUACGCGCAUUGGCGAAGCUCACGGUGAUCGACGAGCAGCUUCAGCGCCUGAGAGCUGAGCGGGACGCCGUGGACUCAACCAUCGACAGCGGGAUCGCGACAAUGCGGGCGCUGGACCUGAGGCCCGAGGCGUGGGGCGCGCCGGUGCCCGAGGAGACGCAGGAGGAGGUCCCGCCGUGGGACGACGGCACCGACGACGCCUGGACCGAGAACCGCAGGAUCCUCGGGGUCGUGAACUUGACCGGCGGGCGGUCGCGGUGGGACCCCGUGAAGCACGAGCAGCACGCUGUGCUGCGCGGGUGCCUCAAACGCGCCGUCGCGGGCGUCGUGGAGGCGGAGCGCAGCACGAUCGCCGCGCGCGAGCGGCUCGAGCGCGGCAUCCGCGAGCUCCUCAAGCGCACGUACCUCGAGCCAUCGCACUGGGGGAGUGUUGCCUGA